AUGUCUGGGCGAUCGGAUUGCAGGAAAUUCGCACCAAACAUCUUCAACAAGAGCAAGUGCACUAACUGCUUUCGGCAGAAGGAGGAGCACAGUGCCGAAGCAUUGGAAUCCAAUAGGUUUUGGGUUCUGAUCAGAGACCGACCAUAG